AUGGACGGUGAAGGUGAGGUACAGGAGCAGCCGAAGCGAGUGGCGCCGUUGAGCACGGUGUCGCUCGACUCGACUUACGACCACGACGACGAGAAGCAACCGCUACGCAAUCGCUUCUCUUGGGCCCCGUUUAUAGUGUUAGUGGGUCUGGUCUUGGUCGCCGUUGGACUGGUGCUUGCUCUGGAUCGCGACGAUACUGGUCAGCAUGGAGUUGCAGUUGCUGAAGAAGAUCCGAUAUUCUCGACGACGCAUUCAUCAUUGACGAGUGACAAAGGUCUCACUGCACCUCAGAAGAAGUUGGGUGGGUGGUUGAAGCAGACGCGAAACGCAAGUGAUCUGUACGUCGAAGGAGGCAGCAGUAAUGUGAGCUUGACGGGCGUCCUCUUCCCGCUAAACGAGAGCGAGACCUCGCUGCCUUUUGACGGGUUGGUGUCCAUCGAUUCGGGUCUGGUGCUCUCGAGUCGACAGUAUGUAGCGUUGGCAAAUGGAAGAGGCUACAAAUGGGUUGAGACCUCGUUGGGCUUGGGAGACAGCAUCGUCACGAGUGGCUCAAAGUGGGUUUCUGAUGAAGACAAGGGCGAGGUGAGUGUAGUGUUCAAUGGAGAGAAGUAUACCAUUUCAAAGAAUGAAGACUUCGACUACUACUCAAGCGACAUGGAAGAUUGCUGGCUCAUUGAGAGCGAAAGCGACGACUUCGCCUUGCGUGCUUGCACUCCAACUUUCGGAAAUGUGCUUCUAAGGUCGGACUUCGCAGAGUUAUUCAGCGCGACGAAAGGUUGCCCACAACUUGCACCGAAGACGACCCGUCUAACGAGACACAAUUUGUUGUCGGUGCCGCUGCCACUGCGCAAAUGGUAUGCUAGCUACAAGGAGUAG